ACACCUGCCCACUUCCGGUACUUUCUUACGACUGUCACUGCUGCGACUGCAGUGAGUGUAGUGUCAGAUUUGAGACAUGGCUGUCGUAGAAGGGCCCCUGAGUAAAUGGACAAAUGUGAUGAAAGGAUGGCAGUAUAGAUGGUUCGUUCUGGACGAGACUGCUGGCCUUCUGUCGUAUUUUACCUCAAAAGAAAAGAUGAUGAGAGGCACAAGGAGGGGUUGUGUCAGGCUGGUGGGAGCUAUAAUUGGGAUUGAUGAUGAAGACGACAGUACAUUCACCAUUACUGUUGAUCAGAAGACCUUCCAUUUUCAAGCUCGUGAUGCAGAGGAAAGAGAAAAGUGGGUCAAUGCUCUGGAGAAUACCAUACUAAGACAUUCCAGUGUGGGCAAGGUAAAUGUGGCAGUUCAAGGUAAAAUACUGACUGCCGAGGAUGUGGGCAAGGUAAAAUACGCCUACCUCCAAAUCAUGUUAGACCAGGUUCAGGUUCAGGUCGUGAUCAAAGUCACUGCUGAGGCUAUGAUAGAGGCUAUUAAACAUUCCAUCGUCAUGCUGCAGAUAUCUAAGGAGAGUCUGAAUGGGCCGGUUAUGAACGGUUCUGUACACGAAGCGAUCCUCACGACAGGGGCAGACUUCAAUCAUUUUGGUGCUACAGGAGUCAACUCAGGUCCGAACAGGCGACCCACAGAGCUCCGUGUGCCUGAUGUUGUCAUGGUAACCCCACCAUGUUUGGACACACCCAUCUCAGUCGGUAGGCCAAGGUCAAACAAUGUCAUCUGCAUGCUCCAGUUGUCUCUUGUUGCUUAGCAACUGUUCUUAAGCAGAAAAUCCUCCGGUGUUACUUCCCCUAUAUUCUCCACGUGUUAAUAAACCUCAUACUCAAGUAGCGAGGAUGAAGAAUUUUUUGAAGCUGAAGAAUUCAAACACGCGUCUUCCAGUCCUCUUCGACAACAUGCAGAGGACAAGUCAGAAAAUGCUACAGAAUUCAGGGAGUGUGAGGACUCAGAGGGAGUGGAGACAGAUGAUGGGGGCGGGAGGGACUGUCAGCAGGUGAUCACAGCAGAGGACGAUUAUUACGAUGAACUCUAUGAUGAACAGGAUAAAGAGGAUUUGGGCUCGUUAGAGAAACAUGGGAGUAUAAUAGCUCACCUGUUGUCCCAGGUCAGGAUCGGGAUGGACCUGACAAAGGUCGUCCUACCCACGUUUAUACUGGAGAGACGAUCCCUACUCGAGAUGUACGCUGACUUCUUCGCUCACCCAGACCUGUUUGUCAAAAUUGUAGACAUGAAGACGCCUCAGGACAGAAUGAUACAGCUGGUCAGGUGGUAUCUGUCAGCGUUCCACGCCGCCAGAAAUAGCGACAUCGCCAAAAAAGCUUACAACCCAAUCCUCGGGGAAACGUUCAAAUGUCACUGGAAAAUCCCAGGAAUGGAGUCAGAAGGGGAGAAAGCAGUAGAUGGGCCUUGUGAAGAAGCCACGAAUAACAACCUGGCCUUUGUAGCAGAGCAGGUGUCUCAUCACCCCCCUAUAUCAGCAUUUUAUGCAGAACACAAGUCUAAAAGAAUAACAUUAGAUGGCUAUAUUUGGACCAAGUCAAAGUUCCUGGGGUUGUCAAUAGGUGUUCACAUGAUCGGGCAGGGAGUGGUGUCUGUGAUCGAUCAUGAUGAAGAAUACGUCAUUACAUUCCCUAACGGCUAUGGUCGGUCAAUAUUGACGACCCCCUGGGUGGAGAUGGGGGGUAAGGUGUCUAUGUCGUGUGCUAAAACAGGAUACAAUGCUACAGUCACUUUCCACACUAAGCCUUUCUAUGGAGGAAAGAAGCAUCGGGUGACCAGCGAAAUUUUUGCUCCCAAUGAAAAGAAACCCCUGGUGACUAUUGAUGGGGAAUGGAAUGGAGUCAUGUAUGCUAAACAUGCCACCGGGAUGAACGAGGUGUUUGUGGACACUAAGAGAAUGCCUGUGGUGAAGAAACUCGUGAAGCCGAGGGAGAAACAAGGAGAGUUCGAGUCCAGAAGGCUAUGGCAGGACGUGACUUACAGCCUGAAGUAUAAUGAAGUAGAUAAAGCUACAGAAUUCAAACAGAGACUAGAACAGAGACAGAGAGAGGAGGCGCGGGACAGGAAGGAAAGGGGCGUGGCCUGGGAAACCAAGAAUUUUCAUGAAGUUGGAGAACACUGGGUCUACGACAAACCUCUACAGAAGAGAUUGAAGAACCCUUCCCCUGUCUCCAGUAACUCACACUCACCCAACAGUUAGGGGUUAGCCCCAGUGAUUCCUGAUCCAAACCUCAACAUGAAGAGUUAUCCUCAGUGAUUUUAUCAUCUGAAACCAAAUGUAAACACAUUAUCAGAGUAAGAACUAGACUAGCUGUGAUAUAAACAUUGUGAACGAUUGAUGGAUGUCUGUAAACUGUGAGAAUCUGAGUAUGGUAGUCUGGUGAGGGUCCUGUUUAAUCAAGACAUAUUACAUCUAGAAUAUUACAAAUAGAGUGUUACAUCUAUAAAUUGUAAUUUAGAUGUAAGUUUCAUAGUUCUAGCUGGUCUCCUGUAUGGAUUGAGUCAGUCCUGUUUUUGCCAAUCAUAGCUUACAGAAUGUCAUUUAAAAUGUCCUGCUAUUUAUAACAUCUUCUGUGUUUCAAAGAGACAAGAAAGAAUUUGGUUGAAUGGUGUUCAUUCAUGUCAUUGUAGAAGUGAAGAACUGGUAAAGUUCUAAACCACAUAUUCAUAUAGUGCAAUUGUAUUUGAAUUUUUAUGCAAAUCAGAUGUUGUAUAUAUACAUGCAAGUGUUGCAUGCAGUUCAUUAUGCACUGUUCAUAUAUUUAUAUUACAUGUAUUUUAAAGACAUUUCAAAAACAUUGUCUUUUUCAUAAGAGUCACAAGUACCUUUGCCUCAUUCAUCUUUGUUUUGUUAAUGUAUCUGCUUGUUCAGAACAUCUUUUAAAAGACAUAAUAUACAGUCCUUGUUUUUGUUUCUUUGUUAUAAGACAGAUGAAUAUUUGUACAUUGAAAUUUAUCUUAACCCAGAUAAAGAAUAUUACACUU